AUGAAUAUUAUUAAAACUAUCUCAAUAAUGUUAAUUGUCAUGUUCUUGAUGGCAAUGAUAACAGCCAGACCAUGUUGUGAAUCGUGUAGAGAGGAUGAUGAGAGAUGUCAAUAUAAUUGCAUUGAUUGUAACAGACCAACAACCUUUCAAACUGUUCCACCUUGGCCAGAACCCACCAGCUUCCCAUCAACCACUAAAUCUUCAACUACUGGAUCCACAACAAAAUAA